AUGCCUCCACUUAUUUCAGAUACCUCGCUUCCCUUGCGCCCUACACCCAAGGGAUCCGAUACUGAUCAGGUACAAUAUCCUGUGCCAUUGAAACAGAAGGGUGCCCUGGAUAAGUUCUCGUUUGAAGAUACAACGCCAGCCAUUGGACGUGAGUUCCUCAUCGUCAACAUUGUCGAUGACCUCUUGAAUGCCCCCAAUGCAGAUGAGUUGGUGCGGGACCUUGCUAUCACAAUUGCUGAAAGGGGUGUCGUCUUCUUCCGUGCCCAGGAUAACCUUACCGACGAGCUGCAGAAGAAGUUGGUGCUACGCUUAGGGCAGUUGACAGGCAAGCCGGCCGACUCAACUCUGCACAUCCACCCGGUGCUCAACAACACGAGUGAAUUUGGCGUCAACGACGCCCAGGUCAGCACCAUCAGCUCAGUUGCCCGCAAGAAAAUGUUCCGCCAUGAAAAUCAGCCCAACAAGCGUCGCUAUGAUUCCGCCGAGUGGCACUCCGAUAUUCAAUUCGAACCCGCCCCGGCCGACUACACUUCUCUCCGUUUGACCCAGCUGCCCAAGACCGGAGGUGACACUCUCUGGGCGUCGGGAUACGAGCUCUAUGAACGGUUCUCGCCAGCAUAUCAAAAGUUCUUUGAGGGUCUGACGGCAACAUAUACUGGUUCGGGUUUUCUCAAGGCCGCUGAGAUGGAUCCAGUUAAUGUCAAGGUCUACACCGAGCCAAGAGGUAGCCCUCUGAACAUCGGCGCGGAAUUAUCCACGGUUCACCCCAUAGUGCGAACAAACCCGGUUACCGGUUGGAAAAGCAUCUUCGCCGUUGGACCAUUCCCCAAAUAUAUCAACGAGCUCAGCCAAAGGGAGUCGGACGAGCUACUGAAGAAAUUCUACAACACCAUCAUUGAGAACCAUGACCUCCAGGUGAGGUUGAAGUGGAGAAACCCCAAUGACAUCGCUAUUUGGGAUAACAGGUGCGCGUUCCACAGUGCCACGUUUGACUACGAAGGCCUUGGGGACCGAUUCGGCCACCGGGCGGUUGGUAUUGGCGAGAAGCCGUUCUUGGAUCCAAACAGCACAUCCAAGUCCGAGGCACUGGCCACUGGAGAACUUUAA